AUGGGUUGUUGUACGUCUUCAAGAAAGGAAGAAUACUGGGGGCAUAUGCGAGCGGAACAGAAGUGGGAAUACAUUAAUCUAUCAGACUUCAAGUCAACGUCGUGUUUUACUCAGUUUUCGUAUUUCAUUCUUUGGGUCUCAGUCUUUAUAUCAAUUGCCGUAUACGGUGUCGAUACUUUCACUGCUGUUAACUUGAUCGCAUUUAAUCGUUGGUCGACUGAGCGAGAACAAUUAAUCCCAAGACACAUCUCAAAAUGGAUCUUCUCUGGAUGUAUUAUGCUAUCAUUCGUUCUCCUGGUAUGCCGGUGGAUCCGUGCGGUGCGUGUUAUCAAACAAGGCGGCGUUGCCCAGAGCUAUCUGGACCCUCUGGCUGUCAGAAUUCAAAGUAUCCGCAUGGGAGAAAACGGUCGUGGCUGGCGUCGUUUCUUGGUCUUUUACGCACUCACCAAGAGUAAGAAAGGCGCCGAUUACGUCGCCCUUUUUACGUACUUCAACUUUGAAGCAUGGACGCGAGUUGUUAUCGCGGAAGGGCCCCGCCAAUUUAUCAAUGCGACAAUUCUUUACUCUGUUAUGGAAUCAGAUCUGAUCCUCCGAGGAGAGCACGCUCCCCCGAAAGGCAUAUCCCCCGUAGCGCAAUUCUUUUUCAACGUUCGAACCCUGGCUGAUAAGGAUCAGCGCCAAGCAGUGGUUCUAUCUGCGAUGUUUUUUACCCUUGUUAUCUGGGUGGUUUCGAUUCUAAGUCUAUUCGUUUCAUGCAUUCUCUACCUUCUCUUUUUGUGGCAUCAUAUACCCUCCGAGGACGGCUCCCUUACCGCCUACUGCCGUCGUAAGAUCAACAUCCGAUUCGAGCGAAUCGUCAAGGAGAAGGUUGACAAGGUUUUGGCUAAAGACGUCGUGCUGCAAGAUCGCCAACUUUCUGACUCUGAACUUGGAAUUGGCUCUUUCAAGCGACAACCAACCCUGCCUACUUUCCGUCAAGCAUCCUCAGACAAACCUCCAGAGAUGCCGACCCUAUCACGACAGACCACUCUCACGACCCUCCCACCAUAUUCACUCCCUCCAACGGCAGGCCCCAAUUCUUACCGCCAACCAACCCUGCCCGAGCUUAACUGGUCCAAUGAGGACCUGUCCAUGGGCAGCAAUCACAUUUCUCGCCUCUCAGAUGACAACGUACCACUAGUGAAGAGUGGAGGAGUUCUCGGCUAUACCAACGAACCACGUUAUAACCAAAGUGGACCUCCAACUCUUGACCCAAUCGAUACUCACGGAAUGCCCCUGUCACUCAUGGCCGGCCCAAGACCCCACGAACACCACUCACCUGCUGCCCUAGAUUCAUCAUCUACCCUCAACGAACAACAGUUCUCCUUCUUACCAGCAAUGCCAGCUAUCAGUGAUCGACGCUCACCAGUGGAUCGUUCCCAGUUCCCAACGCCGGCGAGAGCAUACACGCCACGCCUCCCUUCCAACAACCUCAGCAGCAGCAAUAGUUCCAACGACUAUCAACACUUUUCAACUAAUUCCGCCCGACGAAGCCCCGCUCCCCCAAACCAAGGUACUCCUGACCUACCUCUUCCUCUUCCCCCCGUCCAACAACCGUUCCGAAAUUUUGCUCGUCCGGCGACGACUUCUCCGUCAACCGGAUAUCGGAAUGGCAGUAGGGAUGGGAAUAGGUCUGUCCCUGAUCGAUCACGGCUGCAGCGAUCGGGUACGGCGCCGCCACAGCAGAAUCGACCGACUUAUGGUGGAGUUUAA